GGGGGUCCAACUCCUCUGCACAUGAUCCCUGUAUACGCCCCUGAUAGGCGGCAGUCAUAUCAGAGAUGUGAGAGGGGAUGAGAGCACAAAGAGAGGGAAAGAGAACAGACAGGGAAAGAAGAGGAGGAGGAGGAGGAGGAGGAGGUCCGCUUAAACUCCGCCUCCGGUCUUGGAUCCUCUCGCAUUCCUUCUUCACGGCCCCUCACGCUGAGGAUAGAGAGAGAGAAAGGAAAGGAGAAACAGAAGAGGGACACACGAAGCAAGAAGAAGAAGAAGAAGAAGAAGAGGGGGAGCAGCGAAACGACCAUGGCAAUAUCCAAAACGUCUCAGCCCGAGAUAGUGUCCGACCACAGCGCACUUCCACCAGCGUCGACCACGGCACGGAGCAUGCAGCCGCACAAUAGACAGAGUCCUGAUGAAUGAGGAGCCGUACCUGGGCCGGGGACAAAAUGAGGGUCAUCUUCAUCCAAAACGCCGGUUUCGUCGCAGCUUUCUCGCCUUUCUCGUGAUGUUGGCAGCUUUUAGGACGACAGAUGAUGGGAACGAGCCAGAAUUAACCACAGCCAGACCAUGCCAGUCAAUUGAGGAGUGAGGCGAUCAGACCAAUUUGUUAUUAUCUUUCUUUUAAUAUGAUAGAGCUUGCACAUUUAUUAUAGCCAAUAUAUUUGAAACGAAAGUGUGUGUUCAGCUUCCGGCAUGCAGCCUGCUGCCGGAAUCUGAAUGUAGGCGAUAUUUUAUUACGAUAUUGGCACUAUAAUGAAAUUGUAUCCACAUAGAGGAGUAUGUAUCGGGUUAUUAUGGAUCGAUGCUUUUAGACCUUUGUGCUCCGUUAGUAAUCCGUUAGUAGACUAAUUAUAUAGCGAUAAUAACAUGAACAGGUAGGAGGAGAAAUCUCUGUUCACUUUGAUCAAAGCCUAUUGAUCAACCAAGACAAUCUGGAAAUGUUAGUUUCCGCGUGUGAUAAUAACAUGACUAGCGUUAUUCCUUGUAAUUUAUUUAUUUAUUAUUACUAUUAUUAGGCCUAUAAGUAUUAUAUCAUCAAGUCGUUUUAAGUAGGUAGUUUAAACAUAUUUAACAGUGGGAAGGUUGUUUGAACACUUCCCUAGUAAGAUGGAAACCGCUUAUUUAUCGCCCCACCGGGGGACCACGCGUCCCGGGGCCCAGAAAGGCCAAAGCUCGGUUGGCAAACCGGCGGGGGGUGACCUCUCCCCCGCAGCUCCAGCUCCACCUCCACCUCUACCUGCCGGCAGCUCACCUGACGAGACUGGACGCAGAAACUCGGGCGUGAAGAAGCACCACCACAAGCACAACCUGAAACACCGCUACGAGCUGCUGGAGACGCUGGGAAGAGGCACCUAUGGCAAAGUCAAGAAGGCCAUCGAGCGGCACUCCGGCAGAGAGGUGGCUAUCAAGUCAAUCCGGAAGGAGAAGAUCAAGGAUGAGCAGGACAUGGUACACAUCCGCAGAGAGAUUGAGAUCAUGUCAUCCCUCCGCCACCCACACAUCAUCUCUAUAUAUGAAGUGUUUGAGAACAAGGACAAGAUUGUGAUUGUGAUGGAGUAUGCCAGCAAGGGCGAGCUGUACGAUUAUAUCAGCGAGCGCCGGCGCCUGAGUGAGCGAGAGACUCGACACUUCUUCAGACAGAUAGUCUCUGCUGUGCACCACUGCCACAAGAACGGAGUGGUGCACAGGGAUCUGAAACUGGAAAAUGUGCUACUGGAUGAAAACUGUAAUAUUAAGAUUGCUGACUUUGGGCUGUCCAACCUCUACCACAAGGACAAGCUGCUGCAAACCUUCUGUGGCAGCCCGCUCUAUGCUUCACCAGAGAUUGUAAAUGGGAGACCAUACCGUGGCCCAGAGGUGGACAGCUGGGCUCUUGGGGUGCUGCUGUAUACCUUGGUCUAUGGAACUAUGCCAUUUGACGGGGGAGACCACAAGAACCUCAUUCGCCAGAUUAGCAACGGCGAGUACAAAGAGCCCACUCAGUCCUCAGAUGCCCGUGGACUGAUCCGCUGGAUGUUGAUGGUAAACCCUGAGCGCCGGGCUACGGUGGAGGACAUAGCCAAUCACUGGUGGGUGAACUGGGGCUGGAAGAACAGUGUGUGCGACUGCGAGACCCAACGUGACCAUGGAGGCUCGCCCAUGCUGGCCCGUUUCAUCGACUGGCAGAACCGCACUGAGCCACGUGGUUCUGGAGCCAAAGCUGUAGCCAUGCCCCAGCUGUUGCGCCAGAGGUCCAAAAAGGCCAAGAAGGAAAAUGUUGAGGCAGGGCAGACCCAUUGUGAAGCAGAGGACAAGCCAGGUCUGAAGAGACCCAAGGGCAUCCUUAAGACCAGGGUUACCGAGGAGCAGCAGUCUGUCAGCCCAGAUGAGGUUGAGUUGGGUCAGGCGGGGCUGCCACAACAAGCCGAAGGUGGAGAGGAGGGCUUAAGCCCAGAUCAGGAGGAAGAGGAGCCUACUCUGGGAGGAGGCUCACCAGCUAAGAUAGUGCCAUCUCUGCCCAAAAAAGGCAUCUUGAAGAACAACCAACAGCGGGAAUCAGGGUAUUACUCGUCCCCAGAGCGCAGCGAGUCCUCCGAGCUUUUAGGGGGAACCAGUAUGUCUCUGCUAGCCACCUCCCCGCCCAAGAGAGUGAUGGGGAGAAAGGGCAUCUUGAAGCGAAAUGGCAAGUACUCCACCUACAGCGGGGCCCCAUCAGCAACAACGGUGGCUGGAGUCCUUGGCGAGCCUCCUCCCUCUACUGACUCUGGUUUGUCCCGCAGUCAGAGUCGACCCUCCAGUAUAGUGGGGGAAGACAGCUCCGCAUUGUCCCUGUCCCCCACCUCCCUCAGUGGGGCUGAGUGGCAUCCCUCCACCACCCACCUCCGCCCAAACAUCAGGGCCUGCGUCUCAGCCGAAAACCUGCUGCAGCUUGCCAACUUCAAGGGUUUUCAGGCAGCCCCACCUCUCCAAGGACCCAAAUUCAGCCGUGGCCCCAAAACGAAAGGCUCCCCAGGGGACAAUGGCAGCUUCUCCUUGCUGGGGGACCUGGAGGACAUGACUCAGGUGUACCAGCAAGCCCUGGACAUCAGCAGCAACCUCACUUAAACGGCGGGUGACAGAGAGAGAAAAAGCGAGAGAUUUAAACAUGAAUGUGUGAGUGCAUGCGUGUGUACAGGUGUGUAUGCAAGGCAUUAACGACCGGUGCGUUACCGGGAUACGCCGAUGGGAGGUCGCAGCUUUUCAAACGGGGCUAAAAUCUUGAUGGGAAAGAUAUGUCUGCGCACACACAGAUGUACACACUGAGGUGCACUUCUCUGGCUAGAGGAAAUUCAGUUAAGGUUUUGUGAACAGGAAAGAGACGGAGCUGGCACGAGAGAAUGCCACCCAGUCUGCUUUCUUGGCCCGCCCAUAGACUUUGCUGUGUUCAACAUGUUUACAUAUUCAGCAAGAAGGCAAGUUAGAAUCACAAACGCAGCAACCAGAAAGUGGUUGGCUCUGCCCGUACACCACCCAUUUUGAAUAUGAGUUUACAAAAGCACCUUAAAACUCACACAGAGCACAGGCUUUUGUGAUCUUUACUUCCUUUAAAAAAAAAAAAAAUGAAACAAACCAGGGUCUUGUUCCAAAAAUAACUAACAUUGAUUAUUGAUUAUUUAUUAAUAUUUUGUAGCUUUAGGUUUUAAAACUGGUGGGUGCUGGCUAAUUACUGGAAGAGUCCAAAGCUCCUUGUCUCCAACACUUUGUGUGGAACUGACAUAUAUAAUUAUGUUACUCAGUGAUGAGCAACAUAUAUAUAUACUCAACAUAUAUAACUAAGUCUGCGCAUGUAAGACACGCAGGCAAAUAUUCCUUCAUAAAAGCGUAUGUCCUAUAUAUGUGUAUGAUACUAGGGAAUAUGUAGGAAGUGCCUUUUUUGAUUCACAAUAAAAAAAUUAUGUAUGUCAUUUCCUUAAAGUGGAGGGAAAAGCCAGGCCAACCUGUCACCAGUUGUGCUUUUUUUUAAGAAAAAUUAAUUUUAUUUUUAUGUUGUUUGUGAAUGUGGAAUGACCCAGGGCCUUCGGAUCACAGCCGACUAUCUUUACUAGUUCAGGGGUGUAGAGGUCAGUCUGAGAUCAAAGAGUCUUGUCUGCUCCUGACAUGCUCCUUCCACAAGUACAAUAACACACAGAGAUCCACGUAAAAUAAAGUGUCCACAGUUUGGUUAGCCAGGAGUUUAAAUGGCUUGGUUGAACACAGCUGGCACUGCAAGAGGUCUGGAGGGACUCACCUAGUGGGACAUCUAUGAAGGGAGGUGGUGCAGACACCGUCUCACAGUCCUGGAAUGUGCCUUGCACUUUCAACCUUGCUCGUUACACAUUUUCAAGACUACCUGAUAAAACAGGCUGUUUAGUCAGAGAAGCUUUUUUUUUAAAAAACCAAAGACACGAAAGGUGUUUUCCAUCGUCAGACUAGUUAAGUUUUCACACGCAGCUCUGCAAAAGAGCAAAGUAAGGCGGUUUGUUUUAGCCCAGUGAUGACACAGCGAAUUCCUCAGACAAAUCCCAGAGACGUGUUGGUGCUAGAGAUCUCUAUCAGCACCAGCCCGAGUCAGCACAGGUGGGAUAUGCGGUCCGCUCUCGGGCCUCCAGCUGUGUAUACUAGUUCAUUAUGUCAACCAAGCACAAUUAGCCAGCUAUUGUUUUCGUUUGAGCGUAAGAAAGAGGCAGGGUGUAGAGAUUCGUAGCUAGAGGGAGAAGAAAAGCGUGUGAAAGAGUGAUGCACGGAGCCGGUGCUGAGAUUAGAAAGGACUUCUCUGUGAAACACAGAAAAGGUCGAGAUGUUAGAUUCAUUUGUUUUUGAAGGAAUUGUAACGUAGACUAGUGAAAGUAAAGAAAGUGAGUAGAAAGAGUAGAUGGAAAGUUUUUGUUUUACACCAAAGAUGAGAUGAAGCUUUGACGCGGACGGCUGGGAUUCCUUCGGACUUUUCUUUGACCUGGGAAUCCCCACCGGUGGAUGAAAUCAUCCCCGCAUUGGCUUUACCUCACGUUUGUUUUAUUUUUCUUCUUUUUUUGUUUUUGUUUGAGAUGCUGGAGGCUGUUGAUACAGCUUGUCUGAGGGUCAGCGUGUGACUUGUGUCUCCUGUAUGGCCUUAGAAAGGGUGUUAUACUUUUUAAUAGCAGAAAAAACAACCAGAGAAACGUGAAACAUGAAGUGAUGCGGAUGGAAAAGCACGUAGUGGAUGACCCCAAGGAAAAAGAUCACGCGUUGAAUGUUUUCAGUGGUCUGCUUGUGUGAAGGAACGGCCCUGGGUACUGGUUCAAAUAAAAGAUCCAUAUUGCAUUAUAUUGCAUUUUAUUGCCUUUUGUAUUGCAUUUUAUUGUCAACUGGAUUUACAGUGAGAAAAUUAUACUAUGUUAGUAUUUUGUUUUAUUAUGCUUCUGUUUUUGAUUUUCCAAAAUAUAAGAAACUUUAUAUUGCUUUAUGUUAUGGCAGAAAAAAACUUCCUUCCUUGAAGUAUAAGAACUUCCCUCCACGACAAAUCUGAUGUGAAAUUGGUGUAAUCUUAUUUCCCCCUGUUUUGGUACACCCGAGGGUCAGGUGAACAUCCAAAUGACAACAACAGCUCUUGAAAAAUAAACUCUUAGGACAAAAUACAAGCGUUUGUACCGAUAUUUCAGCAGCUGAGCCUAAGAAAAUUGUAUUUCCACCUCUACCAAAGCAGGGGAGGCCCAAAAUGCUGCAACAACACCGGGAGAAAAGGAAUGAAAGCAAUGGAAAGAACCUGAUGAUGAAACUUUAUCUCUGCCAAACUGGAAAUUACUGGUGCAUAUCUGUUAGAAAGUCUAAUCAUAGGAAAACUUGACUGGAUAUUGUUAUGACAAUAAUAAUAAAUUAGUAUUAUUAUGUUAUUUAAGUAUUAUUUUCGUUACAGCUCAUUACUAUUGCUGGCUACUGCCACAAUUUUGGAUUUAUUGUUUUUUUUUGUCUGCGGGUGAUCCUGGACUGCCAAGGUUUAUUAAGUUGCGUGCCUUUGGUAUCUUUCAUAAACCUUUUUUUUUUUUUUUUGAUAAUGAAAGUUAUUAUCAAUGUGUUUUUUUUAUACUUGUAUUUAUUGAUCAAGCCAUUUAAAAAUUGUUGUCAAAGUACUCCGUGUUCAUGCUUCGCACCGUGCGUGUAGCGUUCAGGACACUAGAAUAAAUAUCGUUGCUUGUUGGAAAUGGAGCGGUAUCAUCUCAUUGUGAAGGCAGUGGUCACGUGUGUAUUCUUAGGGUUAAGAGAUCAAUAAAACUUCUGCAAAUCCUGUACAAUGUCUUAACUUGUUCAUUCGGGUCAAUGCAAUGCCCCUGUAGUACUGUACCAACUCAAAUAAAUGGAUCUUGAAAGUAAAA